UUAAAAAAAUAUAUAAAAAAAACAUCUUUAAACGACUUACUGAGCAUUUUAUUCGUGGGCAGAAUGGAUGUCAGUAGGUGUUAAUUUGAGAUGGAAUUUAAAUUUAAAAGAAUGGCAACACGCGUACAGGCCUUGGAAGAGAGUGUUGUUCUUAGUAGAUAGUGAGUAAAUACGUGGAAAAACUCUUACAAAUUCCCAGUGGUUCUUUAAGGAGAUGCUUGCAAGUUCUAAUGUAAUCUAUCAGUAUCCAGUAACGCAUUACAUCUCUUGUAGUCUUGCCAGUAUUAGGUGAUCGUUAAGAAAAAUGUAGCUCCAGGGCAUUGUUCAACUGUGACGCUUACUUCAGCUUGUCUGCGUGUCACCUUUACAAAUAAAUGCUCAAAAGAGUCUUUGCAGUAAAAGGUGUCUGGACGCAAUCAUGGCAUUUGCAUCCACAAUAUUCACACCAAAAUCAGACAAGCUCGAUGGCUCUAAAGGAAGUCUUGCAUUUGUUUGCAAUGUGGCAAAAUGAAACAAUGCCACUGCUUUUGGUCAGUCCAUGAGGAAUAAAAAGUCCAAUAAUAAUCUCCAGAGCAGCACGAGAAGUCCUUCGACCAAAGAGUCGCACAGGACCUUUUGGAUUUUUGAUGCACCCUGUGCUACUCAGCACCUCUAGAACCCUUCAUUUUUACAGUGCUGUAAAACUGGCCAUAAAGCUAUACAUUGUACAUAAUUGUUAGGGACAGCUUUCAACAACUGAGUUGUCAAUUAGGGGUUGUUGUUAAGGUAGCUCUAGGCGACGAUCGGGGCUCAGAAUUUGAGAUUCAAAGUAGAUUUAAAGAAUUUACCUAUAAUCCUCUGAUGCACCACUUUCCCCACACAGUUUUCUCUUUGCUUAGCCUAAAACAAAAUAUAUGACACACUGGAGCUGCCUGGCCGGACUGGGAGGAGUCUGUAGUCGCCUGGUGUUUUAAUUGGCUGCAGGCUACAGUGAGAAGCGUGAGUAUCAGUAAUUAUUCAGCAAUGUUUUGCACAAGAAAUGUCAGCCAGAAAGGGCUAUCUUCAUCCUCCGUCAAAUUAUACCACAACGAUGACAUGCCCCAACAACCAAGCUGGAAAUUCGUUUUUCGUGGACUCCUUAAUCAACGUGAGAACCGACAGUGGUUCUUAUUACCAAAGUAACGGGGUGUAUUUGCCACCGGCGUCGGAAUAUUCAUAUGGACUCUCGGGUGGCUCAUGUUUCCCGGGGAUCAGUAAGCGCAACGAGCCAAGCACCCCUGCUUCUGCUCCGUAUGUUCAAGGGAUGGAAACGUGGCUGGAAACGUCGAGAUCAUGUCGGGUGGAUCAGCCCAGCGGCCAGCAUAUGGCUCAGUGUUCAUUCUCGCCGAGUAUAAAAGAGGAGAGCGCAUAUUGCCUUUACGAGUCUGACAAAUGUCCUAAGGGAGCAACAGUAGAUGACAUUUCCUACUCGACUGCAUCAUGCCCAGUUGCCGGCAGCACCUUGCCAGUCCCCGGCUACUUCCGCCUGUCUCAGACCUACGCGUCCUCCAGGCUUUACCACGAUGUCCAGCCAAACAUGAAUCACUUCACUCUGCAACGACCUGCCCGCUUGGACAACCAGCCCUCCCAGCCCCAGGCUGCCUCUGCUGAGCCGGAGCGGAGGGAGAGCCACGAGGAGGCGCCUGUCCCUGCGCCCUGCGCCCCGGCCGGAGAGGAGGACAGCCGCCUCUCCUCGGAAAGCUCAUCCUCCCCCGAGCCCACUGAGACUUGCAGAGCGGAAUGUCCAGAGAAGCCCGUUAAAGGAGAUGGAAAAAUGGAAAGUACAGCCAACUGGCUCACAGCAAAGAGUGGCCGAAAGAAGCGCUGCCCCUACACCAAGCAUCAGACUCUGGAGCUGGAGAAGGAGUUUCUCUUCAACAUGUACUUGACUAGAGAGCGUCGUCUGGAGAUCAGCCGCAGUGUGCACCUCACUGACAGGCAAGUCAAAAUCUGGUUCCAAAACAGGAGGAUGAAACUGAAAAAAAUGAGCCGGGAGAAUCGGAUCCGAGAGCUCUCUAGCAACUUCAGUUUCUCGUGAGACUGAGUCUGCGUCUUUGGCGCCCUCCUCCAGCCAUGGCAAGGGCGCCUGUGCAGAGCCCCCCUCCCCACCCACCCAACUGUGAGAAUGUCCAUGGAAAACAGGACCCUACUGCUAACUUAUUAAUUGUUGUUUUUUUCACGUCUGUUUUAUUUUGUCGUGGAUAUGUAUUUAUAAAUGGAUACAUUUGUAACGUUGAUCCAUUGUGUUUAAAAUGUUCAGAAUGUGACCACAAUGUUUUCAGAGCUUCAGGCUUGUACAUAUGUAAAUUCAACCUGAGGGAACCAUUGGACUUUGCAUGCUGGACAACCCUUGGGAUACUUGUGUUACAGUUACAUGUAGGUCUUUAUGUGACAGCUAAAGAACCCAAGAGGUCGGAUGAAUAUUUGCACAUUUUGGUGGACAUUAAUAAAACCAUCGAUGCAA